AUGGAUUCGGAAAUCCCCGUUGAGAGGGUACAUAUUGGUCGAUGUAGAUGAAAUUCAGUUUUAUUUGCAUGGCGCUUACGGUACAGAACAGAUGUUUUCUGGGUUAUUUUUAGGAUUGAUUAAAAAAACAUUUACAGGAAACUCUAAAUUACUACAAAUAUCACGUAUAUGAGAACAAAACUAAACCGAGAUGGAAGAAUGACUUUCAUUGAACAAAAGUGGCAACGGUUCAGAUUAACCUUAAAAACUUUACAUAUUUUUAAACAAAUAUGUUCCUUCUUCUAACAGUUUUCUGACAGUUUUAUUCGUCGAAAAUUAACAUAUUUCAUUUUUUUUUUUGUUUAAAUUUUGUUUAAAUUCGCUUAAAACUUCCUGUCAUCUUUCUGGCCACAACGAACAAAUACUGCUAUAUAUAAACGGUUGAUUUUUUUUCCGAUGUCGAUGUUACAAAGAAUUGUGUUUAACUAAUGUUCUGGAAAAUUCACUCUUAAAAUGACUACUUGAUAGAUGAGCUUUCAAUAAUCCAUUCAUUUUCAUUCCAGCCAUUGACAAACAGAAAGCAUUGUUAACAGUUUUAUCCAACAAUUGCAUAGUGAUGGUUAACCAAACUAUGGACAUUAUUUUAUUUUUAGUUUUUCAAUUGAUACAAAUAUGUUUGCGGCUUUUGGAUCACGUGAGAGUGACAUUUAACGAAGCUUCAACACAGACAUAACAUUGCUUUAUUUAUGAAUGAGUUUGGAGAUAUCAUUCAUCCAAUUGAGGAUCCCAGACAUGAUACGCCUACACUUAGGUGAACUUGUCAGCUUGAGGUUAAACCUCAUCCAAUACGAAAAAAGCAUUUUAAUUUUGCAAAACCCGAUAUAAAACCCCUCUAUUGUUUUUUCAACUUUUGGCUGGAAAGGACGCCUUAAAAUCAAUAAGGUUGCCGGCCAAGUUUGAAAGUGAUUGGUCGAAAACUAACGGAGAUACAGCUCCGCACAUGCACAGUCGCGGAAUUUUACAGAAGUGUUGUAUGGUGGUGCGGGGAGGGGGGCAGGUUAGUGCCCCCCCCCCCCCCCCCCCCCCCCCCCCCCCCCCCCCCCCGCCCCCCCCCGCCCUCUUCCUCCAAACUUAAAAUCACUUUUUUGGCAGCCCCUUUUAUCCACUUGUUUUUUUUUUCUUUUUUUUUCAUCUUUGAUAUACACACUUGUAUAUUUUAAUAUGCGUAAUCACAAAAUACCACACCAACUACAUAAAGGAAAAGAACCCUUAAAAAAAAAAAGGUGGCCGGGAAAAAUUGGAAAGGUUUGGGGGAAAAAAAACGGGGGAACACCCCCCCCCACGGACAAGCGGGGGAUUUUUUAAAAGGGUUUUUUGGGGGGGGGGGGGGGGGGGGGGGGUGGUGCCCCCCCCCCCCCCCCCCCAUACAAGCGUUCGUAAAAUUUCGCGGUUUUUUGGAACAAUUUAUAAGUUCUCUUUGGACGAAUCACUUUAAACCUUGGUAUUAAGUUGCCUUAUUUUCACAAGUUGAAAAAACCGUGAGUCUAUAUUGUAACUGGCCAAAUAAGGACUCUCUACCUAAUCCAUACAGUUUGUACCAGGGUUUACUGAGAGGAUUUGCCCAAGCGGAAAUUGUUCUCGAUGCCUAACGGACUGCUUACCAAAUGAGAAAGUGUUCCGCACCCGCAAUUACUCAGUCCACUUAGCUAAGAAAACUAAGGCGGCUUUAAAUUAAUAUAAUUGUUGACGGCAACAUCAAAUGCAAGAAGUUUUGGUAAAAUGUGAACCGACUUCAAAACAGCGGAAACAAAAUGUUGAAAUUUAAUUCCAGUCGAAAGAAGCGUAGACAAAAUACUCCAAACAGGUUUUACAAAUAGAACUGAAAAGAAACGAGUAGAAAUGUUAAUAACUGCGAUCGCCUGCCGGAAUCGGUGAAAUUUUGAAUAGGACAAGAACCAGCCGUUCAAACUAACUGAAACAGUUAAAUUCAGCACGUUAUCUAUUGCACACGACGGUACACUGUACCUGAAUUAUUAACUCACUAACCUUGCUAGUACUCUGACUGUUGCCACUAUAAACGGAUGUUAAGAAAUUACAAAUACAAAGUUCUCGAAUUGCAUCUACCAGUUGAAAUGUUAAAAACUGUGAUGAGGCCAGAUACGUGGAAAUGAACUGACCUGACCUACGUUGCUAAGUAAUGUUCAGUUCGUGCGUGUUCUGAUGUUAAUUAUUUAAAAGUGCACUGAUGACUUUUAGGGGCGCACUUAACAGCACAAAGCGUUGCACAGUGAAAGAUGUUUUCCUGCAAUCCCUGAAUGAGCAGUCCCCCUUAUGAACAAAGGCAGGGACAAUUUUCUCGUAAAUAUUAGUACAUUGAAUUGCUGCCUACAAGAAGGAAAGUUGAUUGCUCGACUGAAAUUGAAGACGCUAAAUUCAAGCUGUUAUGUUUUUUCUCUUUUUAGGUGAUUGUCACAAUACAGAGCAUGGGGUGCGGAUCGUCUGUGAAAUUUAAAGAGAAAAACGCUGCUUUAAUUCAACUUUCUGCAGCUCAAAAGUACCUCGUUCGAGAAACAUGGGAGCUUGUGGAACAACGUAGGAGUUAUGUGGGAAAGAAGACGUUUUUAACGUAAGUAUAUACGUUCCUAGAUAACUUGAAUAAGUUAAAGGCCUUCAGUUGUCAAAUUAUAUCGGCACUGAUAUCCAGUUGAUAAGAAGGUAUCUAACUAAAGGACCAUCGCAAAAAGAAUAAACAAAUAUUGAUCGGAAUGUUCCAGAAAAGCUUUAUUAUUCCACAAUAGAUUACUUAAUGCUUAAUGCUCUGUUGAAACCAAGCUCCUCCUUCAUCCAUUAAUUACAACGUAACAGGCUGAAGCAAAUUUCGCCACUAAAAGAGUUUUGAAUCUGAAUUGAAACACGAACUUAAUUCAUAUGCAUGCCAAAAAUGGAUUGUCAGGAUAUAACAUCUCUGGGACUUUUUCUCUCUUUUUUGCGACUUUUAAACCAGCAAUUUUUAAGAUUAAAAUCUAAAAUAAUUAUUCAUUUUUUUACGGUACUCUAUUGAAGCAAAUGGCGUGUUUUAAACUGAAAAAAAAAAAAUCUCCAGACGGUCAUUAUAGGCAGUAAACAACUAACCCAGAUCCAUGCAACAUAGCUUUAUAAUUCGUACGUCUUUUUGUAAACAGAUAUACCAACUACAAAUCAAAUAGUGUUCACGGUUACGUUCACAAGAGAAUUAUCGUCUUUCUUACCCACCUUUUUUCAGUAACGAGAGAAGCUCUUCUAGUUUUGCAGGUGAUAAGAUACUCAGAUGUACCAAAUGAUUUGUUUUUUUUUAAUGACUGCCUUUUUAUUCAUAGCGCCGGGGGUUAUUGAAAUAGUUUCUUCGCUUCCUUCGCAUUAAUUUGGCAAUUUUAUCUCAUUAUUACUUGACCCACGAAGCCAAAAAAUUAAAAUAAACAGUUCGUGUUUGUUGCUUCCACUCUGUUUGUAAUUACAGUAGCUCAUAAUGUGUAAUAAUUAACAAUCACAACCGACACGUAAUAAUGAAUGAACUGGAAAAUACAAGAAUGGCAAAAAUGUCUAGAAAGUUUUUUGAGUACUGUCAAAUCCGUUGAUUGAAUUGAUAUAGGUUUGUAGAAACUGCCAACUGAGCUCUUGGGCAAGACGCAUGACUAAAACCAGCUUUAAAAGUAUACAAAUAAUUGUGAGUAAUCUUCUCUUUCUGAGCCGUUCAACUCCAGAAAAAAAUUGUCGAAUUUUCACGGUAGCUCUUUCAUUCUUAGCGAUGAAAUCCUUCGUCCAAAACAUCCGUACAAAUUAUGAAGGAAUAGAAUUGUAUCUGAUUAGAAACUUGUGAUGAUACCUAGCUAUGAAUAUUCAAGUGAUUAAAAACAUAAGCUAAAAGGAAGAUACUGCCUGCAUUUAAAUGACAUUUAUUUCCUUUCACUUGAGCUUAAGAUUUAAACUGGACAGACAAAAUACCCGUUGCGUAGCUACUACGUACACGCCUUUUCAUGGGAUGAACAUAGUGUAAAAUGAAUUGAAAGCGCACGGGAUGUUCUAUUUUGGUUGUUCAUUUUUCGUUUUUCUUUUUUUAAGACAGCAAUGAACGUUUAGAAAAGUUAAACCCUCUAACUAAGUAACUAAAGAACCAACAGCUAAAUAGAAGGUCACUGAUGAUAUAUUUCUAUCACGAGACAGAAAGAGUGUAAACAUAGGAAGCUUUCGUUUUGGUUUAUAUUUUGCACAUCACAUAAGCAGCUGGUGUAUUGUUCUUCUGACAAAAGCAUUUACGAGAAUUAAACCAUGCCAAUUUUAUUAUGAUGUUACUCCAUCAAGGCACUGAUUUCAGGCUUAUACUUAUACUAAACGUCAAUCAAUUUUUAUCCGAUUAUUUUGACGGCUAAAGUUAACCUCUGUAACUACACUGCCGAUAACAUAAUAACGGGCAAUAGAAAUUUAAAAUCUAGCUGCCUCAGAUCGUAAAAGCAGCAUUAAAGAGAACAUUUUACGCUAACGCAAUGUUUCAAUCGAAUUUUUUUUCAAUUUUUUAAUUUUUGUCGGCAAGUGGUUAAAGUGGCACUUCACUUUACUUCGAUAAACAAUUUAGCACCAAAUGUUUCCUAUCUAAGGCUGGAGAAAGAGCUUUUUUAUGCUUAUAGUCAUUAUAUAAAACUAGAAAAAUAAACAGGAAAAAUAGUACACUAGGCGUGGUGGAUUGCAAAAAUCUAUAGAAGAAAAUACUUUUAAUUUGCUAAACCUGAGGCCUACUUUUGAAAAACAAACUUUAGAAUUAUGAAACAAUUUCUUUAGCCUCCUCUCUUGAUUUCUCUAUGACAUCUGGUCUUGCAUUUGUUAUCAUUUGGUCACAGUGGCCUGAGAUCAAGCCAAGGUUUCCUCGCUAUGCCUUUUUGCAAAACAGAAACAUUAAUUAUUAUUCUAAUAUCAUAGGUGACGAAUUACUCCUUAAUUUUGGCGCGAAAUUUCAGCGUUAAUUUGUAAAGUAAUUUCACAUGUGCAAUUACAAAAUUGCCAUGGCAACCCUUCCGUACGUCUCAGUGUCAAGAUGGCGACGAAGUUUUAAAAUGCCGUGAAUGAAGAUGUCAGUGCACAAAAAAACGCUUUAGAAAACCUGAACACACAAGAGAACAUCAAGAAGGAUUCUAACAGGUAUUUUGCCGAAAAAGUCUGAAAACUUCUGAACUUUAUAAGCCAAAUUUAAGGUCUAAACAUUUGAGAAAGUGGAGUUCUCGAUCGAUACAAUCCAGGAUAAACAUAUCAAAAAUCCAAGAUUGCUAACGUAAUAAUUCGUCACCCAUGAUAUUAAUAGGUAAUCAAAUGGUAUACUCGUGAAAUUAGGGAAUAAUUUCACUUGCGUUUUGUCCAAAUCCUAAUAAUUUCCCUCGCCUGAAGGCUCUGCGUCUCAUCCGCGACAUAUUACAUCAGAGCACACAAGGGACACUAUCCCUCGAUUAGAUAAGGACAUCAGAUACUUUUUUGUUCUUAGAUUCUUUGAAAAAAAUCCUGAAUACCAGCGCCUGUUUCCAGAAUUCAAAGACGUUCCGCCAUCAGAGCUGGAAAAGACGAACGCCCUAUAUGGGCAUGCAAAGCGGGUCAUGAAAGCUGUCGAAAACGCAGUGUCGGCGUUGGACGAUGCCGAAAGUUUUGCCGCGUAUUUGGAUGAACUUGGCAGGAGGCACAAAGCCCGAGCCUUAAAACCAACAUACCUGGAUGUAAGUGGGUCUUAUAAUCUUCUCGAUUUGGUUUUUGCAAAAUAGCAUUAAUUAUUAUUCAUAUUAUAACAUAUUUCUCCGUUUCUGAUGAGCUCAAAUCUCUAGGCUAAUUACAGUAAAAUGGCGACAAUAAAACAGUAUUUCGCCAUAAAAAGGGACGCCGACCGAGAGAGCCUGGGAAAAGGUGAUAAAAUUCACACGUUUUUCAGAGAAAUGGCCAAACUACUGUCUGAGCACAUAGCCAGAACAGCAAAAAUAAAACUCUACGGAGGCAAACUAAAAAAAAGCCAUUUGAAGAAUAUCUGGACGAUGCUGAGAGUUUUGCCGCGUAUUUAGAUGAACUCGCAGGAGGCACAAAGCUUGAGCCUUGAAACCAGCAUACCUGGAUGUAAGUGGGUUUUAUAGAACUUAGCUGGUUGUUUGCACGAAUCAGACGGUUUCAUCCCCAGAAAUGCCCGAGGGUACUCAAAGAAGUUUUGUACAGGGAAGUUCCGCCCAGAGGUAUAGCGGUACCCUUUUCGCAUACUUCUACUGAGGAAUGGUACCUCUUUCACAUACCUAGUUAAGAAUCGUAACUUUCUACAUCUGCCCGUAUUCUAACCUUCUCCAGUUAUGACACAAGCGCUGAUCCUCUUCUUGAGCAACUCAACUGGAAACGGUUGGAUACUCAGCGACAAAUACAAGUGGCCACCAUGGUCUAUAAAUCUAUACAUGGACACUAAAUAUAAUCCACCUUAUAAUUUAAGGAACUCUGAAAACAAACUAGCUGUUCCAUUGCCCCGCACCAAUUUCUUGAAAAAUAGCUUUAGCUAUAAUGGUGCGGUUAUCUGGAACAGCUUGUCCCCUAAAUUUCGGCAAGCAAAAUCACUUAAAUCUUUUCGAAAUGGUUGUCGCGAUUUCUUUGACUGAAUCGAUAAAACGCACACGGCAUCUAUGUAAAGCAGAAUUUUCUUUAUUUUCUCUAUCUUUACUAUUUAAGUUUUUAGAUCAUGUUUAUAUAGUUUAAAGUAGAUUGUAAUUUUUUAUUAUUAUUAUUUUAUCUGAUAGAUUUACCGUGUUUAAAUGAAAAUAAAGUUCAAGUUCAAGUUCAUCUGCUUGGCAUAUAGUAAACACCGAAAAUAAACGAAGUGUUCUGAAAAGGGUCUGAUUUACAAUUAAAUUUGCAGACGUUUCGGGCUUGACGUUUCAUUAGUAAAAUGCUGAUGGACUUAAUUGUUGGCCUGUUUAGUCAGAAAAUGAAGUUAGAUUCGGGGUUAGAUUACCGAAGGGUUUUAACCAAGCCAAAACUCUUAGGAACGUUGAUUAAAACAGAGUUAAGACUACCACGUUCUGAGUCCUUCAGUUUUAAUUUUUCCAACCGUGAUAUCUAAACAUUGUAUACUUUAAAAUUUAAAAACUUACCCGUGUUUUCGCUUCCAGUCAAUGCAGACCGCUUUGAUGUCCACUCUUCAAGAACUUCUCAAAUCCAGCUGGACCGAGGAAACAGCGGAGGCCUGGAACAAGCUCUUUAUGUUUGUAAAAGAUCAAAUGAUACGUGGCCUGCAGUCAUAGCAUGAGUAUAAACAAGCAGUGUACAGUCUGGCCCUUAUUUUGGGACCUAAUCAGCCACUGAUGCCAUCCACCAUCGCGUUUCGCUGAGAAUAUUCCAUAGAAAGAUUGGUAUUCCUGCAACGGCGUAACACUAAUUCACGUCAACACUUGGAGGCAGAAGGUGACUGGGUAUUUGGCAUCUUAUCCAAACGCUUCCACUUAGAAUGAGGCGUUCCUCAAGGAUCCUGCAUGGGAACGCUACUUGAUAAUAUGUACACAUAUGGAGCUAUCUGAGGUUCAGCAUCAUCAUUCUUGCAGAUAUGCUUUGAUUAUAACUACCAGAAUUCAUUUCGUUUUUGCUUUCUUUUUGACAUUUGUCAAUCCCGCUGGGGUUUAAACAACAGUAGCCCUAAACUGUAAAAGAAAAACAACACACAAGAAGACUCUUGUAAUUGCAAUUGUCCUGAUUAGCAGAAACGGAGAAAUAUUUAAAUGAAUAAUAAUAACCACUAAUAAAAAAUGAUCUAUCUGUAGUUUUCUUAGGCUUAGAGAAACUUACUGUGGUGAAAAAGAGACUUUCCAUUAAAAUACAACAUUAACAUUGAAAAAAACAAUCGGCGACCAUAAAUAUAAAAUGCGUCAUAGAGGGUUCGUACGUGUAUCAUGAGAUAAUAUAAUAUAUACGAUACGAUAAUAUAUACGGGCAAAUUGAUCACGAAAUUUAUGACAGGUUGUUUGAAGUCUAGAAAAACCAACUGUUUGCAAACCUGUUUGUAUUGAACAAAAGUUUGUAUUGAGUUUGUAUUGAACAAAAACUACUGAAGGGUAAGGUUCGGAGUAACGUAAGGUGUUGUUACACAUUUAAACCGAACUUUUAAACAAAAGCAAGAUUUGCAAUCGGCUCGGUUCCCAAAAUUAGCAUAGGCACUGGAAAUGCUUGCGACGACUUGUCCCGAAAAAAUCGUAACUGUUCCAAAAUGCAAAUCACGCAAUGAGGCGAGACAGGUGGAAAAUACCUCAAUUCAUUUCGUGUAGAUAAAGAACUUCAUUUUUGACGUAAUGUUUGAGCAUGUUGCAAUCUUUAACAUGUAAUGAAAUCAUUUAUACGUACGUGAUUAUUUAUUGAAAGCACAUAGCAUUAAAAAGCGUUGCUAGCUCUUCUCGCUUAUAAUUAGAAGUUUUCCUAGGCAUCAGCGAAGUGUGAAGUGUGAGAAGUUCCUUCCUGAACAAAGACAGUGACGGAUAGGAAGCUAUACUGAACAUGGGUUGCGGAUCGUCCUUGUCAGCGGAGUUUCAAGCGAAAUACACAGCUUCAAUUCAACUCUCCGCAGCUCAAAAAAAAAUCGUUCGAGAAACAUGGGAGUUUGUGGAACAACGUAUGAGUUAUGUAGGGAAGAGGAUGUUUUUGAAGUAAGUGUAUUUGUACCAGAUAACAAGAGUUACUUAAGGGCCAAGGAAAGUCUCAUUUCUUUGCUCUUAAAACACCACAUACAACUUGUAUGCGUACCAUCUACAAGCGUUUUCGCCUGUCAUCCACGGUUAAACCGCGCCGGAAAAUGCUGAUAAAAACGACGACUUUCGAGAACUCACCAGUGUUUAGGGGCACCCAACGACGGUUUCCUCCUAAAUUUAUUGAAAACACGUUUUAGGCUAUCCAGAGUAGAUCUCUAAAAAUGUAUUCAAGUGGCGCUAAAAACAGUCACUUGGUGCUCCUGAGUGUACAGCUACCCAGUUUCCUCAAGAAAAAAUCGGAAAAGCAUCCCCUUUUUCGAAGAGAAAAGAACCUUGUCCAUUGGUUUGUUGAAUAUAUUUGAUACCCUUUUAUGUUCGCAGAUUCUUUGAAAACAAUCCCGAAUACAAGCGCCUGUUUCCAGAAUUUAAAGACCUCUCGCUAUCAGACAUAGAGAAAACCAAAGAAUUACAUGGGCAUGCAAAGCGCGUAAUGAAAGCUUUGGAAAAUGCAGUGUCGGCGAUGGAUGACGCAGAGAUUUUUGCCGCGUAUUUGGAUGAACUUGGCCGGAGACAUAAAGAUCGACCUAUGAAACCACUACACCUAGAUGUAAGUGAGUCUAAGUGAAGUUAGCUGGUUGUUUCGCAUGUAUCCAGGUUCGCCUACUACAAAUUCAUCAGGAACUUUAAAUUAAUGUUGGACGCGUGGGCAAAUCGACUGUCAGCAAGGCCGAUGCUAUAUCUGUCGGUGAAUUUCUCAGCAUGUUACGUGAGAGUAAAAUCUUUUCGAAAUAAUGUAACAUGUAAAAAAACUCGAGGGAGGGAUUCCAUUAACCCCUUCCUUGUACCACAGGGGUGGGGGAGGGGAAGACUUUGCGUGUACGUCCGAGGGUUAAACUGUGAAAACUCUUUCUAGGUUUAAUAGUUAACAUGGUUUAUAAUUACCCACCCAUCAAAACUAACCAGACUGAAACGUUUGAUUUGCAAACCGAGGUGUCCCUCAAACUUUGAUGUAUGCUUGAUGGGUAAACCACGCACCAUUUCGAAACACAAAUAAAAGUAUACCUGUGUUUUCGUUUCCAGUCAGUAAAGACCGCUUUGAUAUUUACUCUUCAAGAACUCUUCAAAUCCAGCUGGACCGAGGAAACAGCAGAGGCCUGGAACAAGCUCUUCAUGUUUAUCAGGGAUCAAAUGGUACGUGGCCUGCAGUCACGAGCAUGAACUCCAAACAAGGCUUCCG